GGAGUUCCAGCGAGCGGUGGAGACUCGGGUCAGCUAAAAAUCGCGUCACAGGGGAUGCAGUUUAUUUUUGGCCAUUUAUUGAGCGUCGUGACACCUUCUAACGUUACAUAUAGAGACGUACGCCUGAAUAUAGCCCGCAGACGGCAGAGGCACUCGCUGCUUGGUUUAACUCCAGCAUUGCUGGUGGAAAUUAGGAUUUGACUAGACUAACAUUCUUAUCUGACACCAGGAGGUUUCUGUGUGAGAUAAUCCACCUUGAUUGUAAUAAAAUGUUUUUCUGUAUGUGACUCGUGGACACGUGUGCCUGUAGGAGCAGCUAAUGGAAUUUCUUAUCAGCCCCAGAAGUAAGCAUGGCAUUGUGUGAGAUUUGGGGGAUGUGCCACCACAGCAAUGCACGCACAAGUGGACACAUUGGACGGACCAGCUAGCAUGAAAAAAGAAAGUGGAGAUUGUGUGUUGGAGCCCCUACUACAAAGGGGAAACGCUCCAUGUGAUCGCUUUAAACACGCAUGCGUUUCGUACAAUGGAUACGUUUAUAUCCACGGUGGCCGACGGGACUGCACCUUGGGAGACUUUUGGAGAUACAGUAUAAGUCUGGACCAAUGGGAGCAGCUGCCGUGUUUGCUGGGAGCGCCUGAUAGGCUGGAGGGGCAUUCUAUGGUGGCGUAUGAUGGUGUCCUCUAUGUGUUUGGGGGAAUGAUUGACUCGGGAUCAAACAGAGAGAUGAUCCCGCUGUGGAUGUUUGACGUUGAUUCCAGGAAGUGGUUUACUGGGAAUACAGUGGAAACAAAGGAUAUUAAGCCAAGGAACAGAAAGGGGCACAGUGCAGUGAUCUAUCAGUCCUGUAUGUACAUUUAUGGUGGCUAUUUUGAUAUCAGUGGAGCCAUUGAAGAAUUUUGGGCGUUUUAUUUUGAUGCAAAAAAAUGGUCCAUUCUAAGUACCCGCCGACAGGGUUUGAGUCCUGGGCCGCGCCACGGACACUCUUGCGUUACUCAUAACGCUGCCAUGUACCUGUUUGGGGGACUAAAGCACAUGACGGAGCAGAACGAUUUUUGGAGGUUUGAUUUCCGGAGGCACAACUGGACCAGCAUUAAAACCAGCUCUGGGCCCCCUAAACUAAUAGGACACAAUUCCAUAAUCCAUCAAGGCUGCUUGUGGGUAAUUGGGGGAGGAUUACCGUACCGCAGCCCCACCAGCAACUUGUGGAAAUACAAUUUCAACUCUCGGACGUGGAAGAAAGUGUCAGCCGGGAAAGAGAACAGCCAGCAUGCAAAAAUGUAUCACUCGGUUAUAGGAGUGGACUCCAAAUUGAAUCCAGAUCUGCCAGAAUCCCGAGGUGCACUAUUUAAUGUCCAUGACAAUUUUUGUGAAGAGCUAAAGCCAUAUUCUUUUUUUCAAAAAAGAGGCCUGAAUAAAGUGGCAAGUAUUUCAACCGGAGACCUUUUAGAACUGGACAAUAUGAACGCUUACCCCCCGCCACCAGUGCUUUGUGCCUGCCCUUUUUCCAGCAGCGAACAUACGGAUGAACGGCGUUUGCUUGCCAGCUACGAGAAUGAAACUUUUGUAUGGGAAAUCGAAGAGAAGGAUGCAGAUUUACACAGCACUAACACGCUGGACAAACAGGAUGAAAUUAAGGCUGUCUGCCUGAUCUUCGGUGGAAAGCCUCUCUUGUCGUCUUCCACCAUUUCUGUAUGGCAGCUUAAAUUGGACUAAUGCUGCAAUGAAUAGAACAGCUGAUAUGAUAUAAUCUUUAGUAUGUUUUACAAGCCUUUCUAUUUUUAGGAAGUUUACCUCGAAGUCUAAAAGUUGGAUUUAUUUGGAACGAGGUUACUGCCAGUUUACCUCCGUUUCCACCAGUCACUCCCAGCUGUUUAUAGCUUUCUGUCACUCCUGGCUGGCGGCUGCGCACUCUUUGGUGACUUUCUAUCACUGCUGGCUGCACACUUUUUGGUAGUUUUUCUCUCUCUCGGCUGCCGAGUGCAUACUGGUUUUGUGAUCACUCCGGCCGCUAGUUGUGCACUAUUUACUUUCUAUGACUUUUCGAGGUGCUAUACCAUCUGAAAAUGCGUAACAUUUCUGAUACAUGUAACCAAUCUCAGGUGUAAUCACAGCUUGUGACAUGUUGUGGCAGCACUAGAAAACCUUCGGUAUUACGUGAAUACAGCCCUUUGCAGACACUCAUUGCCAUAAGUUACUACCUGAGAAUUUAUUUUAUUUUAUUUUAAAUAUGGUAUGUUGUGAAAUUAUACCAGCUUUUUGUAACUGCAAUGAAAUAGCCCAAAAUGAAUUCAAUUCUUAAACAGCAUUUUAUUACAGAAACCCAGCACAAGCACUUACUCAUAGAGCUCCCUCUAAUAAAGGAUAACAAUUCUAUCUAGCUACAGGAGAAUUAUGUACGUCAAUAGAAAUUCGAUUUUAUUUAACAAUUCAGAAUUGCUGGAGACUCGAAACACGAUCCCAGAGAUUGUUGGUCCCUGAAAUAACGUAUUUUACGGAGACACCUAAUGAAUGGACUUUAUUCUCCUGUUUUAUACUACGCUUCAUCUUCUGCAAGUUUAGUAAGAUUUCUGUAAUUUGAAGAAUACUCAAUUAGCAUAUUAUGAUCAACAAUAGGCUCACUACAAUAAAAAGGGACGUUUCCCCUUUAAGUAAAUCCAGUGUACGCUUUUAUAGUAUUAUACAUUUUGUUAUACUGAAAGUUUAUAUGUAUUUUUAACAAUUCUGUACGUAUAUUGGUUUUCAUAAAGUUGCAAAUAUAUAUUUAUUUGUACAAUAGUUUUAUUACAUUUUAUGU